UGUCGUGUAGCUGUCUGGAAACCCUCCUCCGAUCCAUGUUGUUAGCGGUGGUCACCCACACCAACACAGGAAGAAUCAGAUUUGAUCGUCUUUUACAACGUUGAACAGACUUCCAGCUACAAUGGACGAUCGUUUGUUAGACCUAACAGAGGCACAGGAAGCUACCAAGGCAAAAUACCCGCCAAUCAACAAGAAAUAUGAAUACCUGGAUCAUACAGCAGAUGUACAAAUUCACUCCUGGGGAGAGUCCCUGGAGGAAGCCUUCGAGCAGUGUGCCAUGGGCAUGUUCGGCUACAUGACGGACACAGAGACAGUGGAACCACUUGAUACUGUUGACAUGGAAUCAAAGGGUGAUGACAUGGAGUCUCUCCUUUUCCACUUCCUAGAUGACUGGUUAUACAAGUUUAAUGCAGACCCCUUCUUUGUUCCCAGGGAGAUUAAAGUUUUGAACAUAGACAGAAUGCGCUUCAGGAUCCGCUCCAUUGGUUGGGGUGAAGAAUUCUCUCUGGCAAAGCAUCCACAGGGCACUGAGGUGAAAGCCAUCACAUACUCUGCAAUGCAGAUCCAUGAUAAAGAAAAACCCGAGAUAUUUACCAUCAUUGAUAUCUGACGAUAGCUCCAGAGGCAGACACACUCCUGGUUCAAUGGAACUGGAAUCUCUACAUGGCCAAUUUAAGUGGCCUUUUAUCCAAGACACUGAUUAUUCGCUUGCACAAUAGAGCUUUCUAUUUGCAUGCUGAACUGUUUACUUUCAGGAGCAUUUCUUGUGAUAACGUGUUUACACAGUACAAUGGCAGAGAUCGCAGAGCUUACUGAUUAGUAAUGCCACAGUGACAUAAAUUAAUUAUUUCUAAAAAAUAAUAAAACCUUUUUAUUAAAUUUUUUUACACAAUUCACAGCCCAGAUUUACUUGGAAUGCCUUUGAAUAUUCUUAUUUAACACAAAUUUGACAUUGUAUUGAUUCCUUAUCAAUUGUUGUAAAUAAAUCAACAGAUGUUUAUUUUUCUUCUGUGGGAUGGAAUAAAUAAUUGCUGGUGGAUAAAGAUAAAAUCUCACUUUUGAA